AUGUCGGCGCCGGACGAGGAUAAGCACAAGGUCUUGAAAGACCUGGCGCAAGCGAGAUUGCGCAGCUUCCAGCUGGAAAACCAACUGCUCAGCACCUUCUUCUCAGAGACCGAGGACUUGAAGAAAGCCAAGGAGGAGCUGAGCGCCGCCGGGCAGAGGCUGGCCGAGCUGGAGGGAGAGCUUGAGGAGCGCAGGCUUGCAGAAGAAGAACUGAAAGCCGAAGUAGCCAGGCUGAAGUCGCUGAAGUUGAAGGUCGAGCCAGCUUGCGGCAAGCCUCCGUGCUUUCGCACAGCUAGCGAAGAAAUACAGGGCGAUCCUAGUUCUGGAUAUCUUCGCGCUGCAGCGGAGACCGUCCUGGUUGCUACCCACUUAGUGGACACUUACUACUAUGGGUAUGCCCUGAACCAGCCAGAGAGCACUGGGUGGUUCUUAUGCUCCCAGACGCGGGACUUCGUGAGAGCGGAGUUCGGGGUGUAA